GGUCACAACCCACCCGCUGGCCCGCUAGUCUCUGUCGUGAGCAGUUGUGAUAUGACCGAUUGUGACCAGUUGUGGAAAAAGUGCGUACAGUGAAAGCUCCGAUUAUCUUGUUACGUUAAUAACUGCUUUAAUAAUCUUGUGAAUUUUAAAUUCGAGUGUUGCGUAAGACGUUAAACGUGUAACGUGAUUCUUAAAACAUUAGACGUGAGACAAACACACUAGUGGAUUUAAAAGAAGAAAAAAAACAUUAAACAAAAUAUCAACAGUCAACAUUGUGGGGGUAAAUCAGGCUCAUAAUGCCCCCUAUAAUCGGGGAAACUCUUCGGGUUUGGUUACUAUCUGCACUCGUAGUACAUGGCGCGGUUGCCGGUAAUCCUGAUGCAAAACGUCUUUAUGAUGACCUUUUAUCUAAUUAUAACAAAUUGGUACGGCCUGUAGUCAACACUUCGGAUGUUCUUCGUGUGUGCAUCAAGCUAAAACUCUCACAGCUAAUAGAUGUGAACUUGAAGAAUCAAAUCAUGACUACCAAUCUUUGGGUUGAACAGUCAUGGUACGACUACAAACUGCGAUGGGAGCCGAAGGAGUACGGAGGUGUGCAUAUGUUACACGUCCCUUCUGAUCAUAUUUGGCGACCUGACAUAGUGCUUUACAAUAACGCUGAUGGCAACUAUGAAGUGACACUGAUGACCAAGGCAACAGUAUACUAUUCCGGACUGGUUGUAUGGCAACCUCCAGCUGUUUAUAAAUCCUCCUGCUCCAUCGAUGUUGAGUUCUUUCCGUACGACGUACAGACCUGUGUUUUGAAGUUAGGCUCCUGGACGUAUGACGGUUUUAAGGUUGAUUUGAGGCACAUGGACGAGCAGACUGGGAGUAAUAUCGUCGAUGUUGGCGUUGAUUUAUCCGAAUUCUAUAUGUCUGUUGAAUGGGACAUUCUCGAAGUGCCAGCAGUAAGAAAUGAAAAAUUUUAUACGUGCUGCGAUGAACCGUACCUUGAUAUUACGUUUAAUAUAACACUAAGAAGAAAAACUUUGUUUUACACCGUCAACAUAAUUAUACCGUGCAUGGGAAUUUCAUUUCUUACCGUACUUACAUUCUAUUUGCCGAGUGACAGUGGUGAGAAAGUAACAUUAUCAAUAUCAAUUCUCAUCAGUCUCCACGUAUUUUUUUUGCUAGUCGUCGAAAUUAUACCUCCAACAUCUCUGGUAGUACCACUGCUUGGAAAGUACCUGAUAUUCGCAAUGAUACUCGUUUCAAUCAGCAUAUGUGUUACAGUGGUGGUAUUGAAUGUCCACUUUCGUUCACCGCAAACACAUAAAAUGGCGCCCUGGGUAAAGCGGGUAUUUAUCCACAUUUUACCACGAUUACUAGUGAUGCGAAGGCCGCAAUAUAAAUUUGAGCCAAGUCGAUUUUCUUCCGGACGAGUUCUCAACAUGAGACCUGUUAGAGGAAAAGAAAAAGCAAGUUAUUAUCCUUAUCAUCCUUCGAGUCAAGAAGACAGUGAAGAACAUUUAACACCCAAGAGAUUUUCUAGCAGACAUGUUUCUAAAGAGGAUCUUUCACCCUCCAGCCUGGCAGAACAAGCAAGAUUUGGAGGAAGCUGUCUGAUCCACGGUCCAAUACCACCGCUUCCUUUAAACGCCGAGUGCGAGGAUUUACCGGGUGCAGCUGGGAUUGAAGAUAUCAAAAGUCCAGUUCUUAGAAAUUCUUCAACAUUUUCCCACUCAAGUUGCCCACCUGAGAUUCAUAGAUCCUGCAUUUGCGUUCGUUUUAUUGCUGAGCACACUAAAAUGCUUGAAGAUUCUACCAAGGUAAAAGAAGACUGGAAGUACGUAGCGAUGGUACUGGACAGGUUAUUUUUGUGGAUUUUCACUCUGGCUGUUUUGGUGGGAACAGCUGGAAUUAUUUUGCAAGCGCCGACUCUCUACGAUGACAGAGUUCCUAUUGAUAAGAAAUUUAGCGAAUAUGCCAAAGACACUGUCGUCAGGUGUCCUCCUCAAUAGUCCUUGCCCUUCAUCAUCUUACAUCGCCAUCCUUUUUGUCAUCAAUAUCGUCGUUGUAUAAGUAUAACAACAACAAUAAUAAUAAUAAUAAUUAUAAUUAUAAUUAUAAUAAUAAUAUGGUAAUUAUUAGCAAUAGUAAUGAUAAAAAAAUAAUAGACUAUAAUCCACAGUAGGUUCGAAUUGAUAA